AAGAUAGUAGUUCUCGGUUCUUCCAUGUUCCUAUUUUAAAUUUUCGGAAAAUUCCGGCGAAAGUCAUUAACUUUCCGCUCCCUUUCCCCGUUCUUGAUAUGUUAUAAGAUCAAAAGAAGCUCGGAACUUUUUUGUUGUGAAUUUGAAGAAAUCAAUCUCUGCUUGAUCUAGAGAUGGCGGCUGUAUUGUCGAGCAGGUUUCUCAAAGGAAUCGCUAACCUUCGUUGUACCAGAUUGGCAUCUGCAUCGGGCUACCAACAUGGGAUGAUGAGAUCCUACUCUACUAGAGUGCCCAGCGAAUCAGACACGCAUGAUGAUUUCAAGCCUACACAGAAAGUCCCUUCCGGUUCUACUGCCUCGCUAAAGGAUAUCGUUGAGAAUGAUGUGAAGGAGAAUCCUGUUAUGAUCUACAUGAAAGGAGUUCCGGAAGCUCCUCAGUGUGGGUUUAGCUCACUAGCCGUAAGAGUUCUGCAACAAUAUAAUGUUCCUAUCGGUGCUAGGAACAUUCUUGAAGAUCAAGACUUGAAAAACGCUGUGAAAUCCUUCAGCCAUUGGCCUACGUUUCCUCAGAUCUUCAUCAAGGGAGAGUUUAUUGGAGGCUCAGACAUCAUCCUUAACAUGCACAAGGAAGGUCAACUUGAGGAAAAGCUUAAAGACGUCUCUGGAAACCAAAGCUCUCAAUAAACUUCUAGAGGUUUUUAUUUGAUUUGAUUUGAUUUUAAUGAAAUUAUUAUGUUUUUUUUUUGUUUUGAUGGACGGCAAUAAUGUCACAAGAAACUCAAAAUCUUUUGAAUUUUGGUAUGAACAAACGUUUAUUUCAUUAUUUAUAACCA